AUGUCUCCUAGAUGUAGCACGUGCCAGAGUGUAAGAGUCAGGGGUAGGGCAGAACUUGACAUUUCCCUAUUACGAUCUUCCUGUGCAGAGAUCCAGCGUGUACAGAGCCAGAACGGCAGCAGUGCCCGGUCAUCCCACACCUUGGUGCCACCGGGGCCACUCAUGGACAUCCACAAGGGUCGCUCGGUGCGACUCCAGGUCCGCGUGCAAGUGCCCGUGAAGGACCACCCGAACUUCAACUUCGUAGGCAAACUGCUGGGACCCAAGGGCAACUCACUGAAGCGACUUCAGGAAGAGACGCAGACUAAGAUGGCCAUACUCGGCAGAGGCUCCAUGAGAGACAAAGCGAAAGAGGAAGGCCUGCGGCAGCUGAAAGACCCCAAGUAUUGGCACCUUCACGAGGAGUUGCACGUCGAGGUGAACGCGUUCGCACCGCCGGCCGAGGCAUACAGACGCAUGGCCUUCGCGCUGGCCCAGCUCAAACCCUUUCUUGUGCCCGACUACUACGACGAGAUUCGACAGACGCAGCUUCGUGAACUGGCGCUUCUCAAGAAUGACCGCAAGAACGGGGUGGCGGCGGCGGCGUCCCUCGAGUCGUCGACCUCAACGUCGCAGGCAUCGCUUCCCGCUGCGCCACCAGGGACUGCGUCUCCGCCGUGCGGAAACGAACUGGUCGUGGUCAACGCCGGCAGCAACGCUUCUGCGCAUCAGGAAGCGACUUCCAGCUGCCGCUCUUCGCCGCCAACGCCUCCGACGCACCCUGCGCUGCAUCCCGGAGUGCCCGGCCUGGUUCUCACGGCCGACGGUCUCUCGCAGCUUCCGCCGGGGCUGCAGGUCUCUUCCUCGGCGGCGGGCCUCGCUCGAGGUGUCGUUGCGCCUCCGACCACGGCUGCAGCUGUGUCCGCCGCCGCUGCAAAGGCCGCCUACCUGUUGCAUGGCUCCCGGGUGCUGCCAGUGCGUCUGUCGCGGAAGGGAGCGCUGCGAGCCGCGGCGCUCACGCUGGGCCGUGCGGCCGCGGUUGGGGCGCUGAGGCACGGCGCGGCCGUAGAGCUCAUAUCGGCUGACUGCGCUGACGAAUUCCUUUACGGAGACGAGUAUCCAGACAGCAACUUUGACGGCAGUGUUUAUGAACAGGCGUUCACUACAAUUGAGGAGCAAGGGUUCCCACGCCCGAAUGCAGAAGAGAUGCAGAAUAACGGCUAUGCCACGGACGCAGACUUUGCAGAAUGGGCGGAGCCCCCACUGCGGACCCACUGCCAUCUGCCGGCACGCCUGAAGCCUUCGCAGACAAUGACAAGGAGACUGUACCGGCCGUACGGUCCACUGCCGUCGCGGUUCUGAGUGGCCGUGUUUCAGAACUCCACAGCUGCGCGACGAUGACGCUGUAGAUCUCUGCGCGACGCCCUCGUGGUGCAGCCAAGGCCAAAGCUAACACACUGUACAUAUUCAGAGUUUGUUUCUUCAUUGUCCCUGAGAGGUCUACCGCAUAGAGUUUAAUACUCCGCAAGAAUGUGGUGCAAUGUGGUGCAUACUGUAGUCCUUCAGAGCGCGCGCAUUGUUAGCCGCAUUUGACUGCUUUUACUCGCGGAACAAAGUCUUUUGGAUGAACCCUGUUUUGAACUCUUGACAACAGUGUUACUGGCAGUGUGUCACACGUUCGCAAGCGUGUGCUGCGAGUCCUUUCGACCAAACACUUCGCUACUGUAAAUACUGCAGUGACGCGCAAGCGAAUCGUGUCGGCAACAGAAGAAUGUCCAGCUUUCAGUCUGCUGUAUUGCGUGCAGGUGUGUGUAAGCCGUUCAUCUGUUAAGACUGGGGUUUAUGUCAACUCAAAGUGGCCGUCAAGGCAUACCGAAGAACCAGCACAUUUUUUUUCUUUUUUUAAGCACUGCAAGCAGUUUGAAUGCUUUGCCACUAAACCAAAGUGGUAUGCCACCUUUAGAGGAAGCUUAUAACUAGUAGACAUCAGUAAUUCAUGCUGUACACCUACUGCCGAGCAACUAUAUGUUCGAAUGUAGUUACGAAAUAUCUUCAGGCAUGGUGCUUGCUUCCCAUAAAGUACUCUGCAGCCAGAAAAAAAGUGUUUUUUACACUUGUAGGACCGCCCCUUUAAUCACAUCUCCCUUUAAACUCCCUUUUUGUACACGAAUGUAGUAUUACACAAAUGUGAGAGUUGUGUCCCUUGUGUCCACGUCUACCUACAUUCUGAUUUAAUUGAUCGUGCAGAACGGCUUAACAUUUCUCCAGCAUCGAUGUGUUGUCACUGCUUCGGCUGCUAGAUUCACAGCUGCUAUUCCUAGUGUGAUAGUCUGUAUUUUUGGUCUGUACAAAUGAGACAUACAAUACCAAAGUUGACAGGGGUCCGUCCCUUCUCAUCUUAUUUUCCCUCAUACCAAUUGUAAUGUGUGUCUUUCAUUGUAAGAUGUAUGCGAUGUGAAGUCAAAUCAUGGUAUUUUUAGUUUCCCACAACUACAAUUGUUGCAUGGUGCCACAUUCAAACCAUGGGAGUAUUUCAGCAUGCACAAUGCUAUGUUACUGUUGCUAAAGGGUGCACUGGAUUCCUUACAUUGAAAGAUAGCUUCGUGGUGAAAACGCUCUACUUUAGCAAUUGUAGCUGAGCUGUGGGAGUGUGAUUGCGGAUAAGUAUUGCUCUUAGUGUAAAUUAUUUUUCAGAACUGCUACUAGUGUGGAACUUAUGGUCAUACUAUAUGGUCAUUGACCCUAUUACAUUUCACCUCAAGUAUCACGUAAAGCGAAUAAAAAAUGAAAUAGCCAAAGUAGUCUAAAAAUGCCUAUUUAUUCACUGCAUUCUCCAAUUUUAAUAUACGUUCCCAAUGUUCUUACUUUCUCGAAUCAAGGGCUGGUAACCAUGAGCAAAGCAUUUCGGCAAAGCUGCUUGUUUAUGAAAUAGCUGAGGCUGAGCUACAAAUGCCUUUAGGUGGUAUACUUCCACUACACGCAGUAAUGCAACAUGUGUUUGCAUAUAUAGCAUAGUCAGGUGCAUGACGAAUUAUUACUGUCAGUGUGUACAACACUACUUAAUACUUACCUGCAAGACAAACCAAGCACUACAGGAAAAAUACGAACGUUGCAAUUUCAGGCACUGAAAUUCUAAAUAAAUGAAAACGUUGGGGUCUCUGGCCAAGGCAAAAUUCAUAGCGAGAUUUUGUAGCCUUUACAGAUUGAUGUAUACAAUGAGAAGAAUGUGAACCUGUCAGCUUUCUUGAAAAACAAAGGUACGCCAUAGUACAUUUGCACGCUGUGCUCACAUUUUCUGAUUUUUCCUAUUAAUUAUAUUGCAGAUUUUGAUAAUUCAAGCAAUUAAUCAGAUGCCUGCUAGCCGAACUUGUAUCUUUGAUUUUAUUGUGUCUCCAUGUUCAAUAGGGUCACCGUCUUUAAUUAAUUGGCUGGAAACAGCCUUAAACAAUUUUUUCCUCUGAGGAGUCAUAGUUGUGGCCCUGGAUCAUUCGCUGAAUCUUUGAAGUUGAAUGUUUUUUUUUCGUGUUUUCUUUACAGUUGUCAAUUUGUGUUAGGUUGGUGUGGGAGUUUUAGGUACGAAGAACACAGUGUCUCGGGAAAAGCUGACGGAGCUCUUCGUUGACCCUUUGUUUUUCAAUAGCACUCACACCGUGCACUCGUAAGCAACAUGAGCAUUGUUGCUGCUCAUGCUGAUAAUCUCAGUCGUGGACACCGAGCUGGUAUCAAGGCAUGCAGUUCGAUGCUUCUUGUGCAGUACUUGCUUAUCCCAGCGACUGCUCAUCCAGCUUGGAACAUAUAGCCAUGUACACCAUCAAAAUUCAAAUUCAAGAAGUAACAGUGCAAGUGUCAGUGCAAUAAGUCCUCUAAGGACUUUCUUGUGUAUUCUUUUAUAUAUUUUGCUUUGGCCAUUGACCGCCACCUACUUUAGCAGAUGUGCUUGUUUCAAACAGUAUGUGUGUAUUAUAUGAACCCGUUUACCUGGGAAACAUAUCAAUGCUUGACUUUUUUGGACUCAAUGUAAUGUGGGUGUAAGAACAGUACAAGGCGCAUUAUCCGAUAAAAUGUUAAAUUUGUUCUAUUACUCUGUAGAUUGCCUAGUUUGAGAAAUGCAUUUAGAAGCUCAAUAGGCCAACUGAGCUGAAACAAAUCUUUUUGGCCGAACCUGUGAGCCUAAAACAAUUGACGCCGAGCGUGCUACCGUGUGAAGUGUGAAAAGUGUGACCACUGGCUGUUUGAGUAGUUUAUUUCUUGCUGUGGUCCUCACAUAUGCUAGUCCCUCUGAGUGUUAAAGCAGGAGCUUUGUGUGUGUUUAAUUUGUCGCAGGUCAGCACCGGCAGCGUAUUAUUUCGGAUUGCCAAAGCAUUGGCGUCAUGCUCUUUGAACACUUAUAUAGGCUGUAGGUCGUAGCGGUCAGUGAGGCUUUUUGUAUUUGUCUAGUGUCCGCUGAUGAAGUUUCCUCAGUACGUUGCAUUUAUUAUGCAUUUAUUAUUGCAUUAGUGUUAGGAAGUGUGAAAGUGUAGAAAAGUGUAUGAUGGUGGUCUGCUUCGGAACACCAUCAUUUGCACUUCGCUACUCGAAGAGGCAGGAAGUGUAUAAAGUGAGCUCAUGAACAACACUUUGCAAUGUGGUGAACAUGUUUAAAUCGUAGAUCCAGGACCUCAAAGAUAUAACGCUGACGCAUUUCUCUCGCAUUUACUGCUAACUUGCCAGUGGAGUUAUUUUGCUUAGAUAUUGUUUAGUAUUGCGUUAGGUAUGUGGCAAUUGAAUGAUAUUAUUACUUUGGAACAUGUUUUGAAAUGCAUCUUAGAUUGUAAUUUAUAUAUUGAAAUUAUGAACAGUGUUGCGAUUGUGCAGUUACCUAAAUAAAUACCAUUGGAUAGUGCGUGAUGACCCCAUUCCCAGGAUAACAGGAAUGGAAAGUGUAAAUUGUUUGCGCUUUGUAAUGUUGAAGUUCUUGGUAUUCUUGGUUGAUGUUUUUUGUAGUUAGCCUAAACCUGCUUAGGAUUCUCUAAACUUUGUGUUACAAGUAGGUGCUUUUCUCUUUGCCUGCUACACUUUCACAGGGCGCCAUGUUGGCCACAUAAUGUUGUCUUAGCAGCAGCGCCCUUUGCUUAACACCACUGUGUUAUCGAGAGGACACUGGAGUUAAACUCUCGCGAAUCCUCUGUAGGGAGCUGUACUUCAUUCAAUACCUCGAGAAGGGACACUUCGAAAGCCACAAUGUAGCACAGGUAAUCCAUCUAUGGAAACAUUUCACUUUGAAUAAGAAGCUUGGCUAUAUGUAGAUGUUGCUCUGUAUGGUGCUGUUGCCUUUACAAUCAAAUGGCCGUGUUUUGAAGUCUUUGGUAUUUUCGACGAUGUUAACUCAAAAGGCGAGGAAGUGGACACAGUGACUACGGUUCUUUUUUAGAUAUCACCUACCGUUUUUUUCCCCUGGAUGCAGUGGACAUUAAAAAAGAACUUGCAUCUCUAUGUAGACAUUUUGCCCUUUUCCCCCAUUUUCAUAACUAUAUGGAUUUUAUCCCCAACCGUCAUUUCACGUAUUGCUUCCCUCUUCUCGCCGUGAUGUUCGGCAAACUGGUUCGCACUCAAAGGCGUGACUAGAGUGCUGAAUUGCUACACAAAUGCAAUCCGUGCAAAACAAGGGGACAUGAUGCUUGAGCCAUUGUAUUCUCAUCACAUUGGGCAUUAUUGUGUGUUCUAUUUUACACAUAUCAAAGGUAUUCUUAAGCACGCUGACUUUUUGAGCUUCGCUAUGUAAGAAAAGCUCUGAUGAGAAGGUAAUGAAAAAUUUUGCAGAGAAAUAAACUACUGCAGGGUUUUUUUCAUCUUCUUGCUCGAAUUUAGCGUUAGCCUCGCCUACUUUGUUCAGCAUGUAAACAAUAUGAUAAAUUGGGCAUGUGAUGUAAAUCCCAAAUCGUGAAACAUAUGACCUGAUUGUUGCGACACUGCUUCACAAUGUGAAUAAGUUUCUUCUUUUACUGUGCCUCGAAAACUUUUAAUUAUUUCAUUGAGGUCGUUUGUUCUUGCAACAACGGAAAUAAUCAGGGCUUGAACGUGCAGACAUUUUCAUUCAUAAGUACUUUUUGCCAUUUGCCAGCUGGCCUCGCUACUAGAAAGUCCAUCACCAUAAAUGUUAGGCAGCCGCUAUUACGAACACUUGUAGCUUAAGAAUAUUUUUGUGUAUACGAGCUUAGAUCAGCAGGCAAAAACUUAUCAAUACAUUUUUCUCUGGUAGUCUAAGCUACACUUUGCAUUAUGAAACAGCCAUGCACAAGCAAUAUUUCUCUCGUAAUGUGCACCAAGGACUACAGGCAGCGCAGCAUUGCAGAAGGAUUUGUCUGGGGGACCUUAUCAAUUCUAGUGACAGAGGCGUUUCAAAACCCAGCAUUCUUUGCUUUCGUAGCAAAACGACUAUGCUUCAUCUGAGUUGUGAAUAUAUGCGCGUGCUGCGUAGCCUUUCACUCCUAAGGCCAGAAUGCAUUCGUAAGUUUCAUGGCCUGCAUGUUGCUUGGAGCUAUGAAACUAGCUGUGCUCUCUUUUGUCUCACGUUUCAACGCAAACUGUAUGCAAAUGCCAGUUGCUCUGGCCAAUCGACGCAAACAGUUGGUUUCUCUGCCAUCUUGCUUUAGAGGAGCGUAUUCAAGUGAAACCUUUCUAAGGUGUUCUACUUCGUUGUAUGGUCUAUGUUUUCAGCUUUAAACAAUUCGUAUUGAUGAAAAGACUAACUUCUGAAAAUUGAAUAGAAAUUAGCCUGUAUAUUGGGGACAAAGGAAAUGCAGAGCAUUAUUGUGACCCAUCAGUGGGAUUAACAGGCAAUGCCGUAUUUCUGUGAUUAAAAGGUCGCUGGUUUGAUGGCCCGCAUACGAGGCCGCAUUUCAAUGCCAGCGAAAUGCAGACUCCUGUACUUAAAUUUAAGUGCGUCCUACUUAACUGAAAGGUGAUGAAACUUGAUUCGGACUCCUGAAUCUUGGCGUCUGCUGUAGCCCAUGUGCCUGGGGAACGUAAACCCAUGCAAUCAAUAAAUCACUGAACUUUUCCAUGAGCCGCGUUUAUUUUGUUUCAAUGAUGCUGGUUAUUGAGGGCCCAACGAAAGCUGACGUCAUGUGCGCGUACCGCGGAUGUGUUUGUGCGCUUUAUUUAUACCCUGUACAUAUUAGAGAGUUUUAGAUUAGGGGACGCAAGCGGCGUGCAAGCGCAAUGGCUAGGCUCAAUGGUAUCGCGCAUGCCCAGACAACCUACGUAGGCGUCUGCGCAUGCGCAGUACUGUAGUCCCUAGCUCUUGCCUACGUAAACCGCCCGCGUCUUCUAAUGUAAAGCUCCCCAUUGCCCCGCGUUCCUGUGUAGCACGAGUCGUCCACGUAGUGCGCACCACCUGUGCUGUGAUGAACGGUAGCUUGUUUGUUGUUGUUUCGUGAAUGAGGUGCCCUGUACGCUUAUGACUGCCUGCGUGUUUGCCCAGAAGGCGAGUCUCACUUUAUGCUUUGUCCUCAUUUUAGUGAACACACGUGUUGCAACUUGUUUCGAAAUAAACGACAUUGUUGGCCACUCAGUA